AGGUCCCUGCAGCGGAAACACACCUCGAGAACCACUUCAAAGCGGCGGCGCUGGACGAGCGUAUAAAUAUUGCUUCUGUGGCCUUCAUCCUCUAUCCCCAACUCACUGCACUUACUGCCACUGCGAACACGCGCACAUCCCCUUAACAUUGAAAUCAACUAUCUGCUCGUCCAGAUGAACCAAUCCGCCACCCAUGCUUCUUCAUCGAACGGUUCCAAUUACUCCAAUGGAGCCCAAUACAUGCCGAACACCGGCAUGUAUAUGGGUCAAUUUCACUGGCCCCAGCCCGCAUGCAUUCUUCAUUCAGGCUAUGCCCCUGCACACCCCCACAACCCGUACGGUGUGCCAGUUAAUGGGACGCAUGGCUCAUACGCGCCCGUCACGCGUUCGCCUGGUGUGGGUGCAAGAGUUUCGCAUCACGCGUUCCAACCGGGACAGAAUGGUUGUCACCCCCCUGCAGUAGCCAAUGUCUCGUGUGCCACUCAUGUUGGUCCAUACCCACAACACCCAUCUGCGCCCUUCCUGCACCAUCAACCCUUCCCUUCUACUUCUCUUCCAGGAGUCGCGAACCCCUACAUUCCACCCAUACCGCACCGAGGAUGCCACCACCGGCAUCACGGGACUGGGAUCGCAGCAGGAUCUGCUUCCUCGUCUCUCCCUCGAGUACCGAAGCGCACCGCGGAAGACCUAGACCGCGUCAUCAAACGAAGAAAAGUAGUCCCCGGCGGGAUGAAGAACGACCCGUUGUUUGUGAGUUUUCUUUUCACCUCGUGAUGUCGCAUUCUCAAACCUUGGUACAGAAACCCGUGUUGGAUCAAUUUGGUCAACCCAACGGGACAUUCACGUGUUCUAGGGACGGCAUGGUACUCAAC